AUAAUGCAACAGUACUUUUAGAACAUUUUCGUCAAAUUUCAACAAUACCGCGUUAAUAAUGAUAACUGUACCACUGUAGGUCAGCACAAUGGUGUUAAUGCUCCUGCUGUUGCGCCUCUACGCUCAGGUCCUUGUCCAUCUCGCGCACCUGUAAAGUACCUUUAACGCUUGUUCACGUGACAAGGAACCGGAAGUAAGACAGACGCUCUAAAAUUGCAGGGGUAGGAUUACAUCUGUUCAGCCUGUUUCGAGGAAAUUCUUCUGUUGCGACUCGGUCUCUGCUCAUCCAUGUAGUCUAUUAAUCCACAAACCCAUGGACUGUGAUAGAUAGCCGCUGUCCUUCCCGAGCCGUUAUCUGAGGAGACAGACGCAGCCGUGCUAGCCCGCGUCCACCAUGACCGUGUGUGUGUUCCUCGGCUGUACGUUUGUAGCGUUUGGUCCCGCUGCGGCUCUGUUCGUGCUCACCGUCGCCCGGGAUCCACUCCGAGUCAUCUUCCUCAUCGCGGGGGCGUUUUUCUGGCUGGUAUCUCUGCUUGUGUCGGCGCUGGUGUGGUUCAUUACGGUACAGAUGAGCAACAGGGAUAGCGCCGCGCAGCAGAAAGGUCUCCUCAUAUUCGGGGUGGUGCUGUCCGUGCUGCUUCAGGAGGCUUUCCGGUUUGCCUACUACAGACUAUUGAAGAAGGCUAAUGAUGGCCUGUUGGCUCUCAGCCAAGAAGAUACCAUGCCCAUCACUAUAUGCCAGCUAGCUUAUGUCUCUGGCUUGGGCUUUGGGUUCAUGAGUGGGGCGUUUUCAGUAGUCAACAUCCUCUCCGACUCCGUAGGCCCUGGCACUGUCGGUAUCCAUGGUGACUCUCAACACUACUUUAUCUCCUCAGCUUUCAUGACACUGGCCAUAAUCCUCUUGCACAUGUUCUGGGGGGUGGUGUUCUUUGACGCAUGUGAGCGUCGGAGGUGGUGGGUGCUUAGUGCAGUGGUCCUUAGUCACCUGCUCGUAUCAUGCCUGACGUUUGUGAAUCCACAGUAUGAGGGCAGUCUCAUCCCCACCUACAUCAUUGUGUGUGUGAUGGCCGGCUGGGCAUUCUCACGUGCGGGCGGCUCUCUUAGGAACCUCAGGCUUUGUCUCACCUGCAAAGACAAAGACUUCCUGCUGGCCAAUCACAGACCUAGAUAACACUUCAACCACACAGCUGGACUAUCUUUCCAAAGACAGAAGGGGACGCUCAUGUGGCGAGAUUCUUGGCCAUUAAACCGGACGCUGUUAGCUAGAAGCCCUGAGAUCUGGGUCGUCUGGAUGAGCAGUGAGGUUUUUCUUUUGUCCUUUCUGAAUCUUUUUGUUUUGGUCUUUUGUUUCUUUUUAUGUCUCUACACUUCAUUUUGUGCGCGUGCACGUGUGCGCAUGUGCGUGUGCAGAUCUUGUGACCAUGUGUAGAGCAGCUAGUAUGAAUGUUCCAGUCUGUCCUCCAGGCCUGCUGAUCAGUAGAUGUGUUUUUUUUUAAUUCAUUCAUGCUCUCGUGUCUUUCUGCCUUCAGUUAAGAUGGAUCAGAAACAACUGCCAUUUAUGUCCUCUUUGAGAAUCAUCCUGAGUCACUCUUGGUGUUCGUUUCGUCAUCCUGAGACAGACUCUUGUUCUUCACUUUCCUUCCAUCACAUACCACAUUUCUGAAACCAUUAUUCCCUUUUCAAAUCUAAGGAUUUGAUUAUGUCUUUCCCAUAUUGAUUUAAAUGUUUGUUCUUUUACACUGUUGUUUUUUACUUUAACCUUUCCAGAAGACACUGAUCAGAUCAGGUAAGAUGUUGCAGUCCAUUAUAAUGUAUUUUGGUAAUUUAAUACAACAGAACAGGUGAAACUUGUUUGCAAAUGACCACAAGUGUGAGAGAGUUUAGCUUGAUUGUUUAUUGAAGCCUCUUGCUUUCACUGUCAGAACCUCUGAAUGAAGUUGGCAUUCUAGGCAGGUCUGCCGUAUCUCUCAUGUCACACUUACUUUAAGAUAUUACUCCAAGUUGUCCUUGGUUGUUGGGUGUAUAAUUCCUUAUUAACCUAGUUUUAGAAGAAAAUAUAUCUAUAUGUACAUGCUCAUGCCAUCACUUCAGUAAAGUCAGUGGUUGAUUUUAA